AUGAUUGCCUCUAAGCUUCUCGUCGUGGCUGGUUUCGUCGCCAACCAGGUGUUGGCCCUCUCCAACAAAAACGUCGCUCUUUACUGGGGCCAGAACUCUUACGGUGACCAGGACAAGUUGAGCACCUACUGUGAGAGUGACGACUUCGAUGUCGUCAUUGUUUCUUUUGUCAAUGACUUCCCUAAGUUGGGCUUGAACCUCGCUAACCAGUGUGGUAACACUUUCUCUGACGGCUUGCUCCACUGUUCUGCUGUCGGUGAGGACAUUAAGACUUGUCAGGCCAAGGGUAAAAAGGUUCUCCUCUCUCUUGGUGGUGCCGCUGGUAACUACGGCUUCUCUUCCGAUGCUGAGGGUGCUGCUUUCGCUACCACCUUGUGGAACAAGUUCGGUGGUGGAUCCGACGAUGAGAGACCUUUCGAUGACGCUGUUGUCGAUGGUUUCGACCUUGACUUGGAGAAGCAGAACCAGGUCGGUACUGUUGCUUUCGCUAACGCUUUGAGAGCCCACUUCUCCGCUGACUCUUCUAAGUCCUACUACUUGUCUGCUUCUCCACAGUGCCCAUACCCAGAUGCUUCCGUUGGUGAUGUUUUGGCUAACGUCCCAUUGGACUACGCUUUCGUCCAGUUCUACAACAACCAGUGUGGUCUUGAUGCUACCUUCAACUGGAACACUUGGGCUUCUUUCGCUGCUUCUGCUCCAAACCCAGACAUCCAAUUGUUCGUUGGCUUGCCAGGUGGCCCAGGCUCUGCCGUUUCCGGUUUCGUUGGCUUGGACACUGUCAAGAAGCAGAUCACCCAGGAUGUCUUGUGCAGCAAGAACUUCGGUGGUUUCAGCUUGUGGGAUGCCUCUUCUGCCACCAACAACGUUAACCUGAACGGUGACAACUUCUACGUCCAGCUCAACGACUUCCUUGCCGGUGCCACUUGCCCAACCAGCUCUUCUUCUUCUUCUACUUCUGCUGCUACCUCCUCCUCUUCUUCCACUUCUGUUGCUGCUACCGUCGCUACUUCCGUGGCUACUUCUGCUGCUCCUCUGGCCUUGUACUCUAACUCAACCUCUUCGAGUGUUGACCAGGCUACUGUGGUCAAGACCACUGUGAUCGAGGAGAUCUACACCACCGUUUGCCCAGAUGACAACGGUGUUUUGACCACCAUUGUUGCUACUAACAUUAAGACCGUGACCUUCACUGGCGAAUGUGAGUGCACCAAGGGUGGCAACAAGAACGGUGUUGCUCCAGCUACUGAGACCACCAAGGCUACUGGUGCUGCUACUGGUGCUACUGGUGCUUCCGCUGCUACCGCUGUCACCACCAAGGCUGCUGUGACCGGCUCUGCUGAGCAGGACACCACCAUCACCGUCCUCUACACCCAGACUGCUGCCGGUAACGGUACUAAGCCAGCUCAGAUCUCCUCUUACGAGUACAGCGGUUCUUCUUCUAAGGCUGGUGUAUCUUUGUUUGUUGUCUUGAUGCUCUCUUUGCUCCAGCUCUUCUAG